GCAUAUUCCGGUCAGAUCGGUAUCGGCAACGCAUCUGCAUGCACAUCUGCGCCACCGCCAUGGACCAAACCCCAGAGUCGUCUCCAAGGGAGAAGCUACACCAGGUGGAUGAAGGAGCCACCAGUAGUCGUCGGCGGACGUCGCUACGUUUGGCGACGACGACUCCUCACGACAAAGCCACAUCUUCGUCGGCUAUGAUCGACACAUCAGCGCCGCCGUCAAAGAAGAAAGAGGAAAAGUACAUGGGUCUUGGUGUUAUGGUCGACUGCAAGGACGACCAAGGACAUUGGAAUCAAGGUCGAAUCAUCGACGUCAACGUGUCGGCUAGAUUGCUGAAGAUCCAUUACUCUGGCUGGCACAAGCGAUAUGACAACUGGAUGCCGCUCUCGUCCAUCGUCGCGCACGGGUCGCGCGUCAAGAACGCCACGCUAACCCCACAAAGUUUGAAACAAACUAACCUCCGGUCCAACCUGUUUCGCCUGAACCCCAAUUACGUCGAGCGCAAUCCGUCAAAAUUGCCAGCAGCUCCGCUAGCUCCGUCACGCCAAUUGUCCAAGGAAUCGGAAACGUCCGCAGCUGCCCCAACGACUUUGUCUCCGCAACUGCCAGUCCCGCCAGUCAAGAAAGCGCCGAUCCGCAUUUCACCGCGCACGAUGAUCGCCAACGAAUCUAGAUCGGACGACUCCGCACCGUCGUCAUCACCACCAGCGCACCAGAGCCCUCCUCGUCAGCGAAAGGUGAACACCGAGGUGAAGGCUGAACCACAAUUGGCGGAUAUUGGCGAGUCGUCGCCGCUGCCACCAGCUCGUCGCGCAUCCAGGCGACUCCUGCCUUGCAUAGAGGUCCCCACGGAUCCUCCCAUGGAUGAACUGCCGGCAUCUUCAGUACAGCCUGCCAAAUACUCCUCUUCAGGCCGAUCCUCGCGCCACGCCAGAGGCAAUGCUCCUCCUGUGACAAAACCAAGCACAGCGAUCAAGUUGAAUAAGUCAGACAGCCCACCAGUCGUAUCAAAUGCACUGUUCCCUACAAAGGCAGCAACCACAAAAUCUGCUAUUACAGCAAAGGCAAAAGGUCAAACACCUAAGAAGACUGGCGAACCAAUCUCUUCACCGUCGAAACUAAAAGGACCGGAUGCGACUCAGGUCAUUCAAAAGUCGAACAAGCGUACGGCGUCUGGUGCGCCCGUCGUGCCUCUCUCUGCGCCAUCGGCAAACCCUGCACAAGACGUUUCCAAACCAAACAAGAAACCGCGGGUGGGCACCAUUCACGAGAGCGAAUCUCUCGUAGAAGCCGCCUCGCCAAGGUCGAAUCCUGUCACGUCCGACAGCCCGAUCCCAUCCAAAUCCACGCUUGCCGAAAUCUUUCGAAAUCGCGUAAGAGACCAGCAGCUCCAACCUCUUGCAUUCAAGCAACGCCAAGCACCGCCGACCCAACAACUCGCCUACCGCGGAGGACCACCGAUCUCGGCCAAAGAACGCAAGCAGAACCGCGCGAGCAACCUCAUGUACAUGGAGCACCAAGAAGCUUUCCUUCGAGAAAGCAUCCAGCGAUGGACUCAAGUCCAACAGGACUUGAUUAAAGACGUGACGUCGGUCGUCGUGCUGUAGGAAAAACAAUCGUAGAAGACAAAAACGACCUAGAAAUACAUACAUCACAACACGAUUGUCGAGUUUCGUUGGGAGCG